AUGGCCCAAAGAGUGUUCCUUCGUACAGGCCGGGGCCUGGCGCUCACUCCUCGCUCAUUGCAGAUCACCCGCCCCUUCAGUACUGUUCUCGAUACCCCAGUCGACCCAGGAACUCAGCAAUUACGCUCCGUAGCCCGGGCAGGCUCCGUCUUUGAGAAUGCAGUCAAUGCAAGCGCCCCCAGGACCAACUGGACCAAGGAGGAGAUCUCCGAAGUCUACAACACUUCGCUGAUAGAUCUCACAUAUGCAUCGGCUUCGGUGCACCGGCGCUUCCAUGACCCCGCAGCCAUCCAGAUGUGCACGCUAUUCAACAUCAAAACAGGAGGUUGCAGUGAGGAUUGCUCCUACUGUGCACAGUCAUCCCGUUACGAUACCGGUCUGAAAGCCACAAAACUAUCUUCGGUUGAUUCCGUCUUGCAAGCUGCGCGAAUUGCUAAAGAGAAUGGGAGCUCAAGAUUCUGCAUGGGCGCUGCCUGGAGAGACAUGCGAGGCCGCAAGACGAAUCUCAAGAACAUCAAGGAAAUGAUCAAGGGCGUGCGUGGCAUGGGCAUGGAGGCGUGUGUUACCUUGGGCAUGGUCGAUGCUGCGCAAGCAAAGGAACUCAAAGAUGCUGGACUGACUGCAUACAAUCAUAAUGUUGAUACUAGUCGAGAGCACUACCCAAGUGUCAUCACAACUCGCACGUACGAUGAGCGACUCAACACCAUCAAGAACGUUCAGGAAGCUGGCAUUCACGUGUGCACUGGUGGCAUCCUCGGUCUAGGGGAGAAGGCUCGUGAUCAUGUCGGUCUCAUUCACACCGUUGCGACAUUGCCCGCCCAUCCUGAGUCCUUUCCAGUCAAUGCCCUGGUUCCAAUCAAAGGCACUCCACUUGGAGAGACCGAGGCGAUCUCCUUCGACGCCAUCCUGCGAACCAUCGCCACUGCGCGUCUAGUCAUGCCAACAACCAUUAUUAGACUAGCAGCUGGUCGCCACACGAUGCGCGAGGAGAAGCAGAUCAUGUGUUUUCAAGCGGGUGCCAACGCUGUCUUCACUGGCGAAAAGAUGCUGACUACUGCUUGCAAUGGUUGGGAAGAGGACAAGGCCAUGUUUGGUAGAUGGGGACUCAGGCCUAUGAAGAUGGAUGAGACGAUUGGAGAGAGGCGCAAGCUUCCUGGACAGGAUGAGGCUGAGGCAGUUGUUGCUGCUGCUGAAGCGGAGGCAACGGUUCAGGCACUUGCCUAA